AACCUCUAGGAGGACUAGCCAACAGACAGAAACAAAAGGUGACUCAAUUAACUCAAUUAACAAUGGAACAAAUACACAAAGGAAGAGGUCAAUAAACAGAUUACAGCAAGAAACCUCAACAUCAUGUUGUUUUUAGCUGAUUAUAUUAACAUCUGCUCUGAGUCUAGGAGGGAGUUGAAGCAGUCAAUGCUGGCUUGGGCACAGAGGCCCCAAAUCUGUAUCUGGGUCCUCCAGUUCUCUGAGUCCGUGUGUUUCAGGGAGACAUGGACUUAAAUCCAAAGUAAAACUACUGCAAAGGUCCCCCAGG